CUUUUGGCCUGAGGAAGUAAUACGCUGGGUCGCAACUGCUUCUUCCACUACCACUACCAGCUUUUCAGAAUAACACAACAGGUUUAGAAAAGGCUUUUAAAGUACAUACGAGCUGUCUUACAAGUUUGACUACAGUAUGGCUGCAGACUGGUUGGGGAGUCUGGUGUCAAUAAAUUGUGGAGUGACACUAGGGGUGUAUCAGGGAGAGGUGUCCUCGGUGGACCAAGUCAGCCAGACCAUCUCUCUCAAACAGCCCUUUCACAAUGGGAUCAAGUGUCCUGUCCCGGAGGUCACUUUUAGUGCUAUGGAUAUCAAGGAGUUGAAGAUCCUGGACAUUAGAAAUGGCAGCGGCCAGGUGGGUGGGGCCGACUUUGGCCCCGCCUCCUUGGGACACUACGGACGGAAUGGCAGGGGCGGAGCCUCCGGGGCCCCUGCCAGCAGCGCCCCAGUGGCAGUUCCGCGUAAAGGUGAGCUGAGGUCACAGGAGGGCCUCAGCUCACCACAGCAGUGUUCCAAAAGCUAUGGGGAGAGAUACCUCGAGGGCCCGGGGCAGACCAAGGGCUUUCGCCGCAGACACAACUCCUGGUCGUCCAGCAGCAGAGGCCCGAGCCAGGCCACGCCCAAGAAGAACGGUCUGAAGAACGGAGGGGGGGCCAUGAAGAACAAAGACGACGAGUGUUUCGGGGACGGGAUGGACGAGGGUCUGGACACGGACUUCGACUUCGAGGGCAACCUGGCGCUGUUCGACAAGGCCGCCGUCUUCUCGCAGAUCGACACGUCGGAGCGCCGCGGCAACGGGGUGCGGUCCCGCGGAACGCCCGGGGAGCGGACGCCCUCCCGCUACCGCCACGACGAGAACAUUCUGGAGGGCAAACCCAUCGUCUACCGCCAGAUCACUGUACCACAACACAGCGGGAAAGAGUACUGCACUGACUCGGGGCUGGUGGUGCCCAGCGUGCCCUACGAGCUGCACAAGCGGCUGCUGUCGGCGGCGGAGCGGCACGGCCUCUCGCUGGAGCGCCGGCUGGAGAUGACGGGCGUGUGCGCCAGCCAGAUGGCCCUGACGCUGCUGGGGGGGCCCAACAGGUUGACCCCGAAGAACGUGCACCAGCGCCCGGCGGUGGCCCUCCUGUGCGGGCCGCACGUGCAGGGGGCGCAGGGCAUCAGCUGCGGCCGCCACCUGGCCAACCACGAGGUGGAGGUCAUCCUCUUCCUGCCCAACUUCGUCAAGAUGCUGGAGUCCAUCACCAAUGAACUCACGCUCUUCAGCAAGACGGGCGGAAAGCAGGUGUCCAGCGUCAAAGACUUGCCGGAUACUCCAGUGGACCUGGUCAUCAACUGUCUGGACUGUCACGAAAACGCCUUUCUGAGGGACCAGCCCUGGUACCGGGCAGCAGCGGACUGGGCCAACCAGAACCGGGCGCCGGUGCUGAGCAUCGACCCUCCGGUGAGCGGGCAGGAGCAGGCGGUGGAGGCCAAGUGGUCCCUGUCCCUGGGCCUGCCGCUGCCCCUGGCGGAGAGCGCGGGGCGGGUGUACCUGUGUGACAUCGGCGUGCCCCGCCAGGUCUUCCAGGAAGUGGGCAUCAAAUACCACUCGCCCUUCGGCUGCAAGUUUGUCAUCCCCCUGCACUCCACAUAGCGGGGCCUCCAAAUCAGGGGCUGCUCACUUGUGGCCUCCUUUCUGCCCCUGUGUUCCUGAACACAGAAUUAGCCUUAAAUUCCACAUAGCUUGAAUGAAUAUAAACAGUGUGUGACUGAUUGGUUUAGGGGUGUAGCUGAAGUGGUAUAUUUUUGGAGGGAAAAAAAAGCAUUUGGCUGGGGGAAGCAAUGCUGUUCUUGUGUGAAUGGAAGACUGGAAGCGACAUCAGCAGGCCUUCUCCUGAAAUUUUGCUGGUUUUUUUGGUGAUUAUCAUGCUAGGUACCACCAGGAAGGCUAAAAAAAAAACCCCUGAGGAGAACUUUGUGUAAGUUUGUGUGUGUGUACAUGCAUACCUGCACACAUUCGCGUAUAAAGCACGGUUUCUCCCGCACCUCUGAUUGUGUUUACAGCGUGCUCAGUCCCUCCCCUUAAAAGAUACAUUUACACUGGGUACUCUGGAUUAGCAGGCUGGACCUGAUUACACUUCCUGUUUUCUGUUCUGCUUCCUGCUGGACACUGAGCCAGGCCCAGUGACUUGGCCUCUUUGACCAGGUGUAGAGAUUUUUUGUGAAUUUUCUUAUUUCAGAAGUGUCGAGACUUGGAAAUGAAAAUUGCUUUUAGACAAUGGGAAGCUUGUCAUGAAUGGAGCCAAUUUGAAUGAUUAUUUCACCAUUUCUUUAAAAUUGUAUAAAACAAGGAUUUGAAGAAGAUGGAGGGAUUUAUUGAAACUGUGCUUAGAGAUUGGUUGCUUGCUGCUGAACUGAGAUUUGCAGCUUUUGGCACUACUUUUCAGCUUACCGUCUGUAUGGCUUUAUUUUGACUGUCAUUCCAAGAAUGGCAAUACAGCAGCACACAAAGAUGCUUGUCUUCAUAUCUGAACAUUUGUUUAAAAUUCUGAGGGUUUCAAAUACUAUAUUAAUAUGUGUAUGUGAAUGCUUUAGUUUUAUUUGAAAUUUCAGUCAGGCAGCACACCGUCUGCUUUUGCUGUGAAACAGAGACCAGAAGCUGAAUCUGCCAUGCUAUCAUUUCUGUGCCAAAACCUUGUGUUUGAUUGCGUUCAAGCGGCUCUGACAUGAAGCUUGAAGUGAACAACGGCCAUUUUUUCUCUCCACAGACCUUCAAUCAAAAUCAGGUCUUGUUUAUGAAAAACACUGUCGUACAGUCUGUUUUACUGUGUGAACGUUAAUAUUUACAGGGGAGACGGCAAUGAUUCCAGCCCUCUUUCACACGUGUGUAUGUUUAUAUUUGUGUGUGUGUGUGGUGCGCACGCAUGCAUGUGUGUGUGUGUAAACAUAUGGAAAAGGCAUUAAUAAGGAAGUGUUGUCUGUCAAAAUACUGCCAGGGUUGUCAUUGUGUAUUUUAGGACAUCGGAGUUUAGGACAUUUUUUUUUUUCAUUACUUUCUCUUCUAAUCAAAAAGAUUUUUUCUGCUCAGUUUGUGACUGGGGUUUGACUGAACCCAAUGUGGAAAAUGUUCCUCCACAUCCUCCAAGAACAAUAGACAAUACUGAGUUUCAGUGGUUAUGUUACUCCUCUUAAACCGUGUUACAUUUAACCAUGUCUGUGCUGAAAAUGUCAUUUGGUGAUAAUAUGUGCAGAUUCUGGACUUGCUGCAUCUGGAUCUGUGAAUGUGGAUUGAUUGUCUGCAUAUCAGUUGCUGGUCAGUGACAGUAUGCUUUGCAGUGACAUGUCUGGUCACUGGUUAAGAUAAACAUUUUGUAAUUUUUUUUGUUUUCUAAUAGAGGCUGUCUGUUUGCUCAAAAUCACUGCUCAUGGAAACAUGGGAGCAUUGUCAAUCACUUGAGCAGACUGCUGUACGUCUCAGAACUGUAUCAGUUUUGUUUAAUUUGUAUUUCUUUUCAUUUCUAUCUUUCUUAGUUAUUCCUUUUUUUAAUAUUGAGAUCUCAUUUCUUGUCCAAUAAUGCAUUUCCGUGCUAGCACAGGUAUCAUGAACGAAGCUGUGCGUAUGCAUUGGGCGUUUGAUGGUAUGUCUGUCUGUUUUGAACAUGUUCGUUUCAGUGUCCUGCUCCAUGAGGAGCUGUUGUUUUGCUUGAGUUUGGCCAGGGUGGUUGAACGUGGUUCCACACGGUGCUUGUGUGUGCUUGUUCAUACCAGUUCCCCUGUCUAAAUUGGUGUUAAUUAACUAUUUCUGUUCAUACCUUCAGAUUUCUCAAAAUAUAGUGCACUUAAAUAUUGUUUCACUGUAGGGCUGUGGUAGGUAACCAUGUUCCUCAAGUAGUACAGUGUUUCUGUGUUUUGAUUCCAUUGAAUCGCUUCUCCGAUCAUUAAGAGCCUGGGCCUGGAUAUUCAGUCUGAAUGGUGGAAUUGUGGAAUCAUGUAGCAAGCACAUGGUCAUGUGCAUUCCUAGAUCGUAACUAUUGGCCUGUGGUGUUUAGGCGGUUGGAUGAUAGAGGGGGGAAAGAAACAUGCGUGGAACUCCAGGACCAGGGUUUCCUGCUGUACCCCUUGCGUUGGGCAUGGGGGACAUUUAACACCUGACAAAAAAUGAUAAUGAAUAGCUGUAACCUCAAAACAAGCGCAUGCAUUGUUGCUUUAGGAAUUGGGUUAAGCACUGGAAUUCUGCCAUUAGGCUGUUUUGUAUUUACGCUAAUCUAUGCUCAGUGAAGAGGGUUGUCCGCUGUACUGGUCAGACCGACUGUGUUCUGUUAGCGUAAAUGUGCCUGUGAAAGUCCAGCACCUUCCGCUUAACUUUUUGCUGCCAUUAAGACAUGCUUGUGCUUCUGCGGUUCAUGUCUGACCUAAUCUUUAAAUAUGUGGACUGCUAAUUUCACAUUUAAUAAUAGGCUGUUUGAUGCUUUUGUGGGCAAUGCCAGCGCUUUUGCCUCAAUCUGCACCAAACAAGAUCUGACAUCACUUUCAGCGGAAAGGGACUUUUUCACAGUGCGAAAGAUCUUGUGUCUCUCUAUGCUGGCAAACCUCCUAAGAUUUUGGUUUGAUGCUGCACAGCGGAACAACAAGUAUUUGGAACAACUUACACGGUUUCCAUCGUUCUCAGUUGUAAAGUGGAACUGCUGUAAGAGACUGCUGGAGCAAUCAGCUGCUCUCACGUUGUCAGUUGUUGUUUUCUAUCUGCGUCUGCAGUGUGAAAAUGGGGCCUACUUGCAGGUGCGCAUACACCUGUGUUGUGUAUGUACUGGGCAAAAAAUGAUUGGCAGCUUUAAACGUAAGUACACAAGUUGAAUGAGGAUUUUUGGUGUAACUUUGAAAUGGUGACCUAUAAGGUUUUAUUUACAGCAAGUCUUCCUGUCACUGAGAAACAGAGUUGUUUUUCCAUGCUUUUCAGCACCACUGGGUGGAAGAAUUUGACUGACAGGUGGACACUGAGACACCGGGCCUCGCUGUAUUGAAUUGGAAGCCCAGGGUUCACGGUGGCCAUCGGUACACCUGUGUCAGGUCUCAGGAAGAGCCAGUUGGCUCCCUGUGAGGAAUAGUGGGUGUGCGCUUACUAAAGCUCAGUUUUUCAGUAGUUUAGGGUACAGGCUGUGAUAGUUGGCCUCUCACUGGCCUCUGCCGCCCAGUCAUGGCUGCAGGAAUUUUAUUGAUAUAAUUGAGGAGUUUACUGGUAUUGCAGCAAAGUAUUUCAGCUGUACCAGUCUGCCUUUUAUCAGUGACCGCUUACCCUAGUACUUUUUGGGUUGUUUUUGUGGAUCUGGUAAAUUCUCAGUCUAUAUUGUCAGUUAUUUGGCUUGAGGUAUGACUGAAUCAGCCUGGUUCUUUCUCACUUUUGUUUAGUUACUUUAAUUUUGUCUGAUGUAUGCACUAAGGCGUCUGAUGCAUUUGUUUCAGUUGUGCAGGCUUGUGUUGGUUUUCCAGGCAUGUCUUGAGCAUUUUCCUCUUGGCUGACUUUUGAAACCCAGUCUAUAGGAAUGACUGCCAGCCAACUGUGUACAUGUUUAUGUUCAUUUUUAAUAAUUCCAAGGAUUGACUUUGACCAUUUUUGACCUGACCGAGUUCCACUGGUCUGUUCUUGAAAAAAAAAAGAUGCUCUGUUCUUGGGAAAUGCUUUGGUACAGUUUGCUGUGCACGAGCAGGUCUUAUUAAGGGAUCAAGGGAACUUUGCUGCAUUUCUCGUAUCUCAGUGGCUGAGGUGAUUCCUGCCUUCCUCUGGUUGGUGUACUGUAGAAUAAUCAUAGUUACGGAAGCCAUUAUCUUUCUCCACAUGGAAAAUGCAGUAUCAGGAAAUAUCCUGAAUCCUGGAAUAUAAUUGUUUCCAAAAACAUAAAUUAGCAAAUAAAUGCUGCCGCUGUAUGAGGUGCAUUAUGAUUUUGUGAAUGACACCAGUUUGUUCACUUGGUGGCUAGUGAACCAUUACAUUAGACUGCGCGACAUCAGUAUUACAGCUGACCUCAUGGUGGAACUGCCCUUGUAGCUGCAGGUUUCCAGCCAGAGAAAUGGGAGAGCAGCAGAACAGGGCAGCUCAUGAUGUCACCAUCUUUUUUGGAGAAAGGCAGUGUUUCACCCCAGCCUUGUGAUAUUUACUUAAUUUUCUGUAGCCAUUGGGCUAGAUAUUUUUGAGCCCAAUAGACAGCUCCUCAGUAAAAGAGCAGUUUGUCAUUUGGAUCCUGUCAUUAUUAAUAUGUAAGAUUGGGAAAUAAAGAACUUAAAAUAAAAAUAAAAUGAUUGAAAAGCUC